CUUCCUGAUUGGCUUCGUGUUGCGUGUCGAUGGUGUGUUUAGUCUGAAUCUGCCGCUCCGGGAAGAAACAAAAACAACCCGGAACCGAGACGGAGAGAAAGAAGCUCAUUCAUUAUUAACCCGAACCGGUAGACGAUGGCUCAGUGCGCAGGAACGACCUCCAGUUCUGCCGCUAACGGCUGUAGUAACAAACCCAGGAAAGUCGCCAUCAUCACCGGCAUCACCGGGCAGGAUGGAUCAUAUUUGGCAGAGUUUCUCCUGGAGAAAGGUUAUGAGGUUCACGGGAUCCUGCGCAGGUCCAGCUCCUUCAACACCGGCCGGAUUGAGCACCUUUACCACAACCCUCAGACACACACAGAAGGAAGACCUGAACGUUCAACUGGGUAUAUGAAGCUGCACUAUGGGGACCUAACUGACAGCACUUGUCUGGUGAAAAUUAUUAAUGAAGUCAAACCCACAGAAAUCUACAAUCUGGGAGCUCAGAGUCACGUUAAGAUUUCCUUCGACCUAGCAGAAUACACCGCAGACGUGGACGGCGUGGGGACGUUGCGUUUGUUGGACGCAAUAAAGACGUGCGGCUUGACGGAUAGCGUGCGUUUCUACCAGGCUUCCACCAGCGAGCUGUAUGGCAAAGUGCAGGAGAUCCCACAGACAGAGACAACGCCAUUCUACCCUCGAUCACCUUAUGGUGCCGCUAAGCUGUAUGCGUACUGGAUAGUAGUGAACUUCAGGGAGGCGUAUAAUCUGUUUUCUGUGAAUGGAAUUCUCUUCAAUCAUGAGAGCCCUAGAAGAGGAUCUAACUUUGUGACACGGAAAAUUAGCCGCUCAGUGGCAAAGAUCCACCUCGGCCAAUUAAAGUGCUUCAGCCUGGGUAAUCUGGACUCAAAGAGAGACUGGGGCCAUGCCAGAGACUAUGUGGAGGCCAUGUGGCUGAUGUUGCAGCAGGAGGAGCCAGAGGAUCUUGUCAUAGCUACAGGAGAGGUGCACAGCGUGAGAGAGUUUGUGGAGAGAGCCUUCAAACACGUGGGCAAGACCAUUGUGUGGGAGGGCAAGGAUGAGAACGAGGUAGGCAGGUGUCAGGAGACAGGGGUCAUCCAUGUCAAGGUGGACCCCAAGUACUACCGUCCCACUGAAGUGGACUAUCUGCAAGGAGACAGCACUAAAGCGCUGCAAAAACUUGGCUGGAAACCGAAAGUGACCUUUGAGGAGCUUGUUAAGGAGAUGGUGGAUGCUGAUAUUGAGCUCAUGAAGAGCAACCCAAAUGCAUGAGCCCACACGCUAGCACAUCUACAUACCAUGGACCUGUGUGUGCCCAUGAAGGAACAUGCUUUAGUCUCUUUUCUUUUUUCUUUCCAGGCACUCAGUCCUGCUUGUAGUCCUCUAGAUACAGAAAGACAUUCCACUUUUCUUUUAUACUAUUAUUUGUCUAAUCACAAUCAUGAGUGUAAGGGUGGGGGGGUGGGGGAUUGUUUAGCAUUUAUCUUUUCUCUUUGUUUUCUUUUAAAUCCAGUUUUAUAUAGUUUCUUAUUACUCUCAAAAUUGUGAUGAGGGUGUGUGCACAUAUGUAAUGAAAUUAUAGUUUUUUAGCAUUUUACAUUGGGAUGAUUUUCUAAAUAAACAUUGGUUUUCAGACAUAAAUCUAUAUAGAGGCUUAAUAUAUGCUGACAACCAUCCUUGAUAAUUAUUUGGGUGAUUUUAAACAUGUUUAAUCAUACCCUCUUUGAUAUUUAAUAGUUUGAUUUUUUUUUUAUUUAAAUUACAUGUUUAUUAUUUUAUCUUGGUUAUGCUUAUUAAAAGGGGUUUCAGAUGAUA